CCAUGGUGGCCUCGGAAUUCUUGCCCUCAGAGGCCUCCGGGUCCAACACCCGGCGGCGUGUAUCGACAGACAAAUCCAACCCCUCCCCUUCGUCCACCGAAGCGUCCAACCCGCCCCGCCGUGGUUCAGACUCGAAAGACCAGGGCCAAGGCUCCAAACCCCCACGCAAGAUCAACCGUACUGCCCCAUCCCUGAAGCGCAAUGCAGCGUGUCUCCCCUGCCGCCGCCGCCGGAUCAAAUGCGACGCCGGAAAACCGUUCUGCUCGUCUUGCUCAAAGACAUAUCUUUUUCUCAGAAGGACACACCCGGAUGCAGAGAGAGAUGCAGCAGGAGUGCCGUGCGAGUAUGAGCCAGAGCCAGAUGAUGAUGAAGUGCUGUUGGCAGCGGGGACGAAAAGGAAGGCGGAGGAGGAGAAGGCAAAGGACGAUUUAAUCAGGGAUUUGCAGGCAAGAGUCGCAAAUCUGGAAUCCAACCAUGGCUCGUCAAACCAACCCGGACCAAGCUACUACCCCACCCAAACCCCAUUACAAUCCUCCGCCUACCCAACAUUCGACAUUCAAUUCACCCCCAGCGACAACAGCUCUUUCACAAACGCUCUCCCCGCGCAGGCGUACCCGAAUGAUCCGCCGCCGUUCCAGGGCGCAAUCAGCUCGGAUGAGUAUACGGAAGGGGCGCAGAAUGGGACGGGCGGGGGCACGUUGGGGGAAGAGUCGGGGAAGGUGAAUGAUCCGAUGUUGGACAUGUUUUGGCCCGGCUGGCCUCCUACGUUGCCUGUACCUGCUGUCGUCGAACACCUCGUCGAAACAUUCUUCUCCUCCGUCCCCUGCAUCCCCUUCAUCUUUAACCGCCAAGACUUCCUCUUCCGCCUCUCCCUCCCCCCGAUCCACCCCCUUUUCCCCCAACGUUCCCUCCUCCACGCCAUCUGCGCCGUCGCCUCCCGCUACUCUCUCGCCGUCAAAACGCUGCCCAUAGAGGACUAUAUCAAUUUGGAGGAUUAUGAUGCGCGGACGAUGCAUGGGAGGGGGUGUUGGAUCGAAGUGCGGGAUAUGCUUUGUUUUUCAGAGAGGAAUGCGAGGCAUGCGGUGGCGACUAUGAAUUAUCACCAUAUUGGCGGGAGGGGGUUGUUGGAUACUUGCCAGGCUCUUCUGGUAUUCAACUACUGGUGCCAAACAACCUGCCGCUGGAUGGAAGGCUGGAUGAACAUCGGUGCCGCCUGCCGUCUCGCCACCUGCCUCGGCCUCUUCUCUUCCCUCUCCUACCACCAUCCUCCCCCCCACCCCCACCCUCCGGCCGACCCGGCUUCCCCAUUCCCAAGGCCGCAGACGCCGGUGGUGCAGCAGAGUAUACUGGGCCCGCCGAAGACGGAGGCGGAGAGGGAGGAGAGGCUGGCGACGGCGUGGAUGGCGUUUUGUCAGGAUUCGGAGGCGGCGGUUAGUUCGGGGUGGGUUAAUCAGUUGGGGGUUGAGGAACUUACGAUACCCUUCCCAGCAAGCCGAGCAGAUAGGUGGUCGGAAGGACCCAUACCCGAGAACGUACAGACAUAUCAUUCAACCGAUAUCAACAUCUCACACCCAGUCCCAGAUGCAUUCGUGCUCCUGAUCAAAGGCCAAAUCCUCCUCUCCCGUGUGGGCGUCUUUAUACGCCGGUACAGAAAGCUGUCAAUGGAUGAGAAGGAGACUGUUAGGGAGAGUAGUGAGUUUAAGGAGAUUGAGAAGGAUAUUCAGCACAUCCGAUCUAGUUGGCCGGCGGGGCUGAAAGACCCGGUACAGUAUAUGAAUGGGUAUCAGAAACAGAUUGAUGCCGACCUUAUCAGUGCGCAUCUACUACCACCUACCGCCGCUAUACUCCUCCACGAACCUUUCGCCGACCUAUCCGACCCUGCCUGUCCGUCGGCGCGCAAGCUGUUGCACGAGUCGAAAGGUUGUUUGAAGGUGGUGUUUGAGAUGUGUAAUAAUAGCGCUGCUAUUUCGUAUAGUGUUUCUGCUAUUGCGCCUUGGUUUUUGUAUACUGCAGCGAGGACGUUGUUGUUGUUCUACCGCCGGGCGUUGGCGACGAGCGAUUUGAAGAAGGUUGUAGAGUACCAUAACGAGAUCGCCGCCGUCCGUACCACCAUGGCUGCCCUAUCCGUCCGAAACGCCAUGGCCGCCCGCUACAACACCCUCCUCUCCAUGACCAUCCGCGCCCUCGAAGAAGAGACCAUAGGCCAUACCGUUCUCAACGGCGAUUUCUCAUCCUCCUUCCCCUUUACCCCCUUCUCCUCGGCUUCCAAUAAAGGCCAGGCGGGAGAGAGUCUGGGGAUCAUACCGGCACAGGACGAUAGUCAGCCAGCGGCGGGGUUGAUAAGUAAUCACCCCGAUGGGAUCUUUUUCAAGGAUCAUAUCCAGCUGAGAGGGAUGGGGAGGAUGAGGGAUGUGCACCCUGGGGCUGGGGGGCUGGCGGGGGUGUUUGGGGAUGGAAGGGUGGUGGUGGAAGAGGAGGCGAGGUUGGAAGAUGUCAUGGAUGAGAAACGCGGGUUCUUGGGAGGGAAGAGGCGAAGGUACAGUGAAGCUGGAGGUGGAUCAGAGUACGGAAGAUCGAGCGUCAGUAGCGUGCCGGGUGGACCGCUGUCGGGGAAAAUCAACACGCAGCCGUUACCGCACAAUCAUCCCUCAUUCUCGCCUUCGUCAGUGUCUUCGAAUACGAUGCCGACGGCUGUUUCGGUCACGGCGUAUCCUGUGCCGCCUGCUGUUGGGGUGGCGGAUCUUUCGGGGGCACCGAUGGGCGGUGGGGGAUCGGCGGCGGGUGGGGUUUGGUCGGAGCAGAUGGGUAGGGAUUGGACAGGCAGGUGA